GUUCGGGGUCAGCAUGGUUAUCCCUUUAUUGAGCCUUCAUGUCAAGUCCCUUGGAGCAAGUCCAACAGUUGCUGGAAUAGUAGGCUCCUCCUAUGGUGUUUUGCAACUCUUUUCUAGCACAUUGGUGGGGUGCUGGAGUGAUCUGGUGGGAAGACGGUCUUCCUUGCUGAUGUGCAUUCUGCUCAGUGCUGUGGGAUAUCUCCUCCUCGGAGCAGCCACCAAUGUGUUCCUGUUUGUCCUAGCUAGAGUCCCUGCAGGUAUUUUUAAACACACCCUCUCCAUCUCCAGGGCUCUGCUGUCUGAUCUGGUUUCAGAAAAGGAACGACCACUUGUGAUUGGACAGUUCAACACAGCGUCCGGCGUGGGCUUCAUCUUGGGCCCUGUGGUGGGUGGCUAUCUCACUGAGUUCGAUGGUGGAUUUUAUCUUGCAGCCUUCAUCUGUUUUUCUGUCUUCCUCCUCAAUGCUGGUCUCGUUUGGCUUUUUCCGUGGAGUGAAGCAAAGCUCAGCAACACAAAGAGUUACCGGCCAUCGCAUAAGACCCAGGUGCUGUCGGGAAGGAGCCCCUGUGACAUGCAAGAAGCAGCCACCACGCAUGGAGCCACGGCGAGGGAGAAGGCUGUCCGGCUGCCCACGGUCCAAGUACUGUUGGCCUUGCGUGACAUGAAGAGCCUGAUAUUUUCCGAAAUGUGGGACAUAUUUCUGGUACGCCUGCUGAUGGCCUUGGCGGUCAUGCUGUACUACAGUAAUUUUGUCUUGGCCCUGGAGGAGCGCUUUGGAGUGCGUCCCAAGGUGACAGGCUACCUCAUCAGUUACAACAGCGCCCUGGGGGCUGUAGCCGGCUUUGCCUUAGGGCCCAUCCUGCGAGCGUACAAGCACGACAUGCAGACUCUGCUGCUGCAUUCCAGCACCCUCACCUGCUCGCUGCUGCUACUCUACUCCGCGGCGCCCACCAUGGGCAUGGUGGUCUUCUCCUCUACUCUCCUGUCCUUCUCCACUGCCAUUGGCAGGACGUGCAUCACAGACCUCCAGCUGACUGUGGGCGGGGCGCAGGCCAGUGGCACCCUCAUAGGCAUGGGGCAGUCUGUGACGGCCGUGGGCCGCAUUGUGGCCCCUCUGCUCUCAGGAGUUGCCCAGGAGGUCAGCCCUUGCGGGCCCCCCAGUCUGGGGGCUGCAUUAGCCUUAGUGGCUGUUGUCAUAAUGUCUCGAAACAAACCUCGCUCUCAUGGUGGCAGGAGUGAUAUAUUAAAAAGUGAGUAGAAUGGAUCUGAACAACACACAGAAACAAAAUUUAAGGUGGUUGAAGCAGGAACGGAGACCAGAAUGAGAAGGGUCUUUGGAAAGGGUCUGUUGUGUAAGACAAACGUAUUUCCAGGUGGGUAUGCUCUGUUGGUGGCAUCCAGGUCGGCUCUCAGCAGUGUGUGGGAAGGUUAAGAUUGGAGGGAAGCUUUGCCAAAGGGGAGUGUAUUCAGUGUGUACCUGGACGUCUCUUUUUCCUGCCUGGGCCAAGGUUAAAAUUUUCAAGGGGAAAAAAAAGUUACCAGCUGCAGGGUAGGGAAAUGGUGAUGGGAUAACAGAAGGUGCUAGUGGAAGAAAGGAAGAAACCACAAGCGUUUUCUUACUGCAAAAGAGGGUCACACAUUAGUCAAAUGCUGAUCAGCUGGAACUUGAGUUUCAAGUUAAAUUCCAUAUGCUAAGAGGGAGUUUUCUGCUAUCAAAAUCCUAGAGAUUGAAGAAGCUGCUUUAUCAAAACCAGCCUAUCGCUUUCUGAAAGCUGGUUAAAAAUCAGGUGCUGACCUCACUCCCAGAGACUGAUUCAGGGGGCCUGGAUAGGACCAAGAAACUAUGGUGUUAGGAAGCACCACUGGCGAUUUCUCAUGGAGGCAGAAAAAGGAUCAUGCUGAGACAUACUGAUUUUGAUUAAAGCAAAAUCCAGAGACCUGGCUGUUUUUACAUAGCUAACUAGAUUCGGACUGUAAAAUUGUGUCUGUGAUCACAACGGGUUGCACUCUCCCUGCUGUCAGCAUUGGUACUCUAUCAUAGGAGAAGUGGGUCUCUUGGCCCAUUCCCUGCUUCUGAGAGAGCCAGCCUAGCUCAGAGGAAGACAAAAUCCACUGGGAUGUUGGGUGUACCUUUCUGCUCCUGGAGCCCUGGGAUCCAGUCAGGUGGCCUGAUCCUGGGGCUGACUACCCAGUGGUGAAGCUAAAGUACAGGAAUACUUUUAGGACAGACAUUUCAUGCAGAGCAAGGGUCAGGCAGCGUGCUAGAUCAGAGGAAAGGAUUCUACAGUGUCUUGAAUUAAGAAUCAUUUCCUUUAUUUCAUGUUAAUUUUGAGCUUGAGAAGAGCAGAACUCUUGAUCUACAGGAGGUGUUUUUGUGUGCCUUUUCCUAGGCCUUCGUGAAACUCCCAUGUAUAUGGGCGAGAGGUCCAGUGUAGGGGAUGACGUGGACUUGCAGGGGGGCAGGAACAAGGCACACUGUCUGUUGGGUUACGUCAGUAUUCAUAGAUGUGAUUUAGGGGUACCCUCUUUUCCUCACAAACUGCUGAAGCUCACAUUCCUUUCAGUUAAUUAGUCCACUAGCAUGUUAUGCCUAUUUUUAAUGUCACACAUGUGUAAUUGUAAAUGAUAUUUUAAUACACAGUAGUGAUUUGUCUUCACUUUAAUAUUUAUUGUUUGUAAAGCAGAAAACAUAUUUCCAUGUCUUAGAAGUUGUUUGUGGGAUAGACUACAUAUUUAUGAUGACUAAAUGGAAGUUAUGUUUUAGUUUGAAGAUUGUCUCUUUUCCUAUCUUGCUAUAAGAAAAAAAGUGAACUUUUUAUUAGGUUUUGCAAUUGUCAACUUUUACAUAAGCACUAAGUGCUUUUGAGGAGACUAAAAUAUUAUAUUAAAUGGCCUCAAGGAGCAACUAAAUGUCAUGGAAAUUAGACUCAAAAGGCAAUAAAUAAGGGUUUAUGCAAUGGAGUAGAAUUUCAGAAUUUCUCCAAAGGUGGUUCUUUCUUCACUCUCAGAAAUGGGUGAGUUUCUUAAACGCUCUUAAAUAUGGCCAUGUUUUUAUUUUAAAAAUCAUAGCACUUUAUUUUUUAAUUUAAAAAAGCCUAGGAGCUUAAUGAGGCUUUAUCAGACACAUUGAAAUACUGAAAACCAAAGAUGAAUCUUAGAAUAUAGAGAAGCGUCUUUUGUUAUUCUCCACUAGUAAUUGUUGUUUUUUGUUAACAUGAUUUUUUUAGUAAAUUAUCUUUUUAUGGUUCCUCUUACAUAGGCCAGUGUCUUGCUAUUCAAAGUGUGACCUAGAGACCAAUGGCACCAGCGGCACCUGGGAGCUUGUUGGAUGUGCAGACACUCAAGCCCUAGCCCAGACUCCCUGGGGACCAUUCUAACACGAUACCUACCUGGUCUGUUUUGCACAGUCAAGUAUGAAACCUCUGGUCUCGUGGGUGGUGUUUGUAUCAUUUAUGGAGGAUAAUCUCAGGGAAAUUAAAUCUGCUCAAUUAA